AUGCCGAUCACAUACCUCAUCGAGGUUAUACCGCCGUUGCUGGAUCUUUUCGCCGGCCGCCCCACUCGAAAAUCAACACGUCGAAGUGUCCGAAUUGUAGCGCCUGAGGAAAGCAGCACUAUGGAUUUGAGCACUUCAACGCAACUUCCGAUCUCGAUCCAAACGGACAGCAAGCAUUAUUUGAAAGAAAGGACCUGGGACGUCCUCCAAAGCCCACAUGGAACGGUGCUGUAUUCACAGGGCCACGACUGGAAUCAGCUUCAAAAUCGAGGUGCAGGGAUUCCAUUGAGCCCGAACUCACAGCUAGGAUCUCCGCUUCCCUACCCCGCCGAUUCUGCGCUCCAACUACCAUACCCAAUGUCGCCAGGCAACUACAGUGAAGCUUAUAGGGUCCAAUCGCCGGGUUCUUCUAGCUAUCCGCAACACUCCCCCGAUGCCCAGAUGCAAGCGAUUUUUGUGAGAACUACAACGACUACGCAUAGGAGGACGACGCUGAGCCCGAGAACUGAUUAUACCUUGGUU